UCGUAAACAAUCCCUCAAUCACCAUGCUUUCCCGCCACCUCCUCCGCCUUACGCCUCCCCCAUCAUCUUCAUCGCGUUACCUUCACUCUUCCUCAUCCCUCUUCAUCGGCGGCGCACGCUCUGUGCUGAACGCUCCCGGAAACGACAGACCAUGGGACCGGAGAGGCUCGCAGAAGGCCUCUCGGCAUAAUGAGAAGAGCCCCAGCAAAGACUUUUCAGGUGGUUUCAAGGAUAGAAACCUGAAAGGCGUCCAGCCAGCCACUUCCUCCCGCCGUCUUUCCAAUUUCGACAAACAAGAUCCGGAGGCCAGACCUCGAGAGAACUGGCGCAAGCACGAUGUGGGAUACCCUUCCCACAAAUUCCGACUCGAGACUCCCGUCAUGCCUCCCAACUCCAAGCCCCAGUCUUAUAACCGUGACGACGAUAUCCCCGAAAAAUACAUCGGCGAGCUGCCAGCGUACCCCACCCCUCCAAGACUAUCCACCGCCGAACAAGCUGCUCCCGCGCCUUUCCGCGACUUUGCUCUCGAGGAGGGCCUCAUCCAAAGCCUCGAAGAGCUCUACGGUCCUGAAGGCAAGACAUCCCCCAUCGAAACCAUCAGUUUCAAACACUUCACCAAGCCUUCCCUCUCCUCCGCCCCUCCCGGCUCGCAGCGAGUCAUCCUCGGCGCCGAAACCGGUAGCGGCAAAACCAUGUCCUACCUCAUCCCUCUCUUCCACCACCUUAAAUCUACCGACACCGGUCCUUCCAACGAUCCGUCGCUGGACGAAGCGCUCUUGCCCCGCGCUCUCGUGCUUUCACCAACCCACGAGCUCACGCGCCAGUCAACGCAGUUUGCAAAGCUGCUAUCGCACCAUACGAAACUCUCCGUGUCUGGUCUCUCGUCCACUACUUCCGGCAGGCUCGAUCGUCGGGGUGUUGUGGAUGUAUUGCUGGGUACGCUGGGGAGUGUGAGGCGGGGCUUUGGGAUGAGGCAGCAGACGAAGGAGCAGAAGGAGAGGGAAGAUGUUAUUCGCGGAAAGACUAUUUGGCCGGACGAUGAGGUUCGGGAAGGGUUGUUGAAAAGUGAAAAGGUGGAAUGGGUAGUAAUCGACGAGGCAGACGUUUUGCUCGGCGGCGACUUUUACGAAGACACCAUCGCCCUCCUCGAACGUAUCCCCCACGCCAACCUCAUCCUCUGCACCGCCACCCUUCCUCCCUUCCUCCUCAACCUCCUCUCCACCCACCCCUUCUUCCACCCCUCCCCCGCCCCCGCCCCCUUCGUCCACCUCCUCUCCCCAGGGCUGCACAAGCUCCCCGAAAAGCUGCUCACCCGCUUCGUCCGUCCCUCCCAAACCGGCAACAAACACGGCGACGUCGCGCACCAAGUCCGGCUCACCCUCGCCGAAGAUGCCAAAGCUGCCAAAGCCUCUGGCAUCAAGUGGAAGGAGGGGGAAGGGAGCAAGAUUGUGGUGUUUUGUAAUACGGACAAGAUGGUGGAGCAGGUGAGCUCGGUGUUGGGGACGAAGAAGAUUGAUUGUUUGGCGUGGACGGGCGCUGGGGGGGAGAGGUUGAGGGGGAGGAAUGGGUCGUUGGAUGAUUUCUUGUUGAGACCUUCGUUGCCUGGCCGUCCUUCUUCCGCCCAGUCUUUGGCACUUGCCUCCGACGCUUCCGACCCGCAACCCGGCCUUGAGGAUUCAUCCUCCCCUACUUUGUCUCUCGAGGACGAAACUCUCAAAAGCCCUACUUUGUCUCUCGAGGACGAAACUCCCAAAGACCCUACUUCGUCUCUCGAGGACGAAACUGUCAAAGACCCUACGUCUCUCCCCACCCCCGAACACCACGACCCCCUCCCCUCCUCCCGCCCUGACAGAAACCCCAUGAAACCCCAGCCCAAACGCCGCGUGCUCGUCACCACCUCCCUCCUUUCACGUGGGCUCGAUUUCCACCCAUCCGUCUCUUCCGUCUUUCUCGUCCAACCCCCUCGCGACGUACUCGAUUUCGUCCACCGCGCCGGCCGUGCCGGUCGUGCUGGUCGUCCCGGGAGGGUGGUCGUCUUUGGGAUCACCGGCGACCACAUCCUCGACAAGACGCGCCGAGGCCCGUCAUACAGCGCAGGCAAGCGCGAUUCGAAAGAAAACAAGUCCAAAGGUGGGGUGUUGAGUACGAAGAUCAAAGAUCUGUUGAGGGAGAGCGAGACGAUGAGUGCGCUGGGAAAGGCGAGCGAUAGGGAACGUCGGGCGCCGGAUGAUGGACCGUCAUAUCGGGGAGAGCGGGGCGAGAGAUAUAAUGGGUCGGAGUCGCGGAGGUCUUUCGGGGGAAGGGAUGGAGAGAGAAGAUCGGGUGGGUUUGGGAAGAGGGGAGAGGAGAGAGGAUCAGGUGGAUUCGGAUUUGGGGAAAAGCGUGGUAGUGGAGGUUCCUUUGGCGAGAGGGGGAGCAGUAGAGGGUCCGGCAGCUUUGGCCGGAGAGAUGACAGCAGAGGCUCGAGCGGUGGGAAGAAGGAGUUUGGAAAGAGGUAUUAGACACAUUGUACAAGUACUUGUAUAAUCACAUCAAAAUGAAACACCACCACUUGCAUCAUU